AUGACCAACACUAAAUCCACACGAUCUUCCACUUCUAAUGCCACUACUAUUAAUAAACCCGACAAAUCUUCUAAAUUAUUAGAUUUACUUCGAAGGGUCAGCACCCAUAAAUCCACUUCAAAAAAAUCCUCUAUCAGCUCUAAAAGUAAUAAAGAUAAAAUGAAAAUGCCUUUAACGAAAAAGGGUAUUAAAAAAUUUAAAGAUAAACUAAAGUAUACUCAAAAAAUUAAACGACUCGAAAUGAAAAAACAAUUAAUAAAAGAAUUGAAAAAAGAACAAACAGAUAAGAAAAAAUUGAAUUACGAAAGAAACUUGCGAUAUUUUACAUUCUCGGCAGAAAAAAAUAAAAAGAUUUAG